CAAUGCAAUAUGAUGACAAGCAGAAUACACCAAAGGAAAUCUUCAAUAUUCUCCUAUAUAUUCUGCCUCUCUUUAACUUCCAUCUUCAUGACAUCUAUAGCCCGUGACGCUAUUUCUGCAACUGAAUCUAUUAGUGAUGGUCAGACUAUAGUUUCAGCUGGUGGCAGCUUUGAAUUGGGAUUUUUCAGCCUGCGCAAUUCUAACUAUUACUUGGGAAUAUGGUUCAAAAAGAUAUCUCAUGGAACAAUUGCCUGGGUUGCCAAUAGAGAAACUCCACUUACAAAUUCAUCAGGAGUACUAAAGUUUGAUGACAGGGGAAAACUUGUUCUUCUCAAUCAGGAUAAUUUGAUCCUUUGGUCUUCCAAUAUAUCACGAGUAGUGCAAAACCCUGUUGCGCAGCUUUUGGAUUCAGGAAAUCUUGUUAUUUGGGAUGAAAAUGAUACUGUCCCAGAAAAUUACUUGUGGCAAAGUUUUCAUCAUCCUGAUAAAACAUUUCUACCAGGAAUGAAGAUUGGGAAACUAGCUCAUGGCUUGGAAGUUCAAUUAUCAUCAUGGAAGAGCGUAGAUGAUCCUUCUCAAGGAAACUUCACUUAUCAGCUUGAUUCAAGUGGUUUACAGAUGGUUGUCAAACGGAAUUCAGCUAUGGCAGCUCGAUCAGGACCAUGGGUUGGUAUUACCUUUAGUGGGAUGCCAUAUGUAGAAGAAAAUCCAGUUUUCGACUAUGCAUUUGUACAUCAAGAGGAGAUUUACUAUACUUUCGAGCUUGUUAACAGCUCAGUUUUUACAAAGGUUGUUUUGUCUACGAAUGGUAUCAUGGACCGGUACACCUGGAUCGAUCGGAUCAGCGAUUGGGGUCUAUACUCAUCUGCGCCAACUGAUAAUUGUGAUACUUAUGCAUUAUGUGGUGCUCAUGCUAGUUGUGACAUAAGCAACUCACCUGUAUGUUCGUGUUUGAAUAAAUUUGUUCCAAAACAUGAAAAUGAUUGGAAUAGAGCAGAUUGGUCAGGUGGAUGUGUUCGAAAGACGCCAUUGGACUGCGAAGGAGAUGGGUUCAUAAGGUAUUCGAAUGUUAAAUUGCCUGACAUGAUGAAUUUCUCAAUCAAUGUAAGCAUGACCCUGGAGGAAUGUAAGAUGAUAUGCUUGGCAAAUUGUUCUUGCAUGGCUUAUGCCAAUUCCGAUAUUAGAGGAAGCGGAAGCGGAUGCUUCCUUUGGUUCGGGGACCUUAUUGACAUAAAACAAUACAAAGAGGACGGGCAAGAUCUUUACAUUAGGAUGGCUUCUUCCGAAUUAGUUGUUAAAAACCAUGCGAGCACCAAUCGCAGGAAAGAAUCGGUGAUCAUAGCAACCGCAGUAUCGUUGACAGGAAUUCUUCUUCUUGUCCUGGGUUUAGGCUUGUACAUAAGGAAAAGGAAGAAGCAAAAUGCAGGAGGUAGAUCUAGGAAGCACGAAAAUCUAGAGCUACCUCAUUUUGACUUCGCCAUAAUAGCUAACGCUACGAAUAACUUCUCGUCCUACAAUAUGCUUGGAGAAGGGGGCUUUGGACCUGUCUACAAGGGCCUGCUUAAAGAAGGACAAGAAGUUGCUGUUAAGAGACUCUCCAGGGACUCUAGACAAGGGCUUGAUGAAUUCAAGAAUGAAGUCAAAUACAUUGCCGAACUUCAGCACAGAAACCUGGUGAAGCUUCUGGGAUAUUGCAUUCAUCAAGAAGAAAAGAUGUUAAUCUAUGAAUACAUGCCUAAUAAGAGCCUAGACUACUAUAUUCUUGAUGAAACACGAAGCAAGCUAUUGGACUGGAACGUGAGGUUCCACAUUAUCAGUGGAAUCUCCAGGGGACUUCUCUAUCUUCAUCAAGACUCCAGACUAAGAAUAAUUCAUAGGGAUAUCAAAUUGAGUAAUAUUUUAUUAGACAAUGAGAUGAAUCCAAAAAUAUCAGAUUUUGGCAUGGCUAGAAGUUUUGGGGGUAAUGAAACUGUUGCAAAUACAAAGAGAGUUGUUGGAACUUACGGUUAUAUGUCGCCAGAGUAUGCUAUUGACGGACUAUUCUCAGUAAAGUCAGAUACAUUCAGUUUUGGUGUUUUGGUGUUGGAGAUAAUUAGUGGGAGGAGAAACAGAGGAUUUAGUCAUCCAGAUCACCAACUCAACCUUCUUGGGCAUGCAUGGAAACUCUUCAAAGAAGGAAGAUAUCUAGAGCUUAUUGAUGCAUUAAUAAUGGAAUCCUGCAAUCUAUCAGAAGUGCUAAGGUCAAUUCAAGUUGGUCUGUUAUGUGUGCAACAUUCUCCAGAAGAUAGACCUAGCAUGUCAUAUGUGGUUUUAAUGUUGAGUGGUGAAGGGGCAUUGCCUGAGCCUAAAGAGCCUGGAUUUUUCACCGAAAGAAAACUGAUUAAAACAGACUCUUCCUCGAGCAAAUAUGAAUCAUGUUCUAUCAAUGAAGUUACAAUUACAAGGAUUGGGGCUCGAUGAAAAUGAAGGAUGAGAAAGAGUGAUACGCACGCCAUAUAUAGAAGAAUAGAAAACAAAUAAAAUAGAUGCUGUUGCUAGAUGAGAAUUGGGUUUGGCUUGUCAGUGUCACAUGGGGCAUGAGAAAAUGGUACAAGUUAUUUUUAUUAUUUGCCACUACAUUUUUCUUUUCCUCAGAAAGGCCACUACAUUGUUAUGAUUUUUAAUAGGUUAUGAUAAUAUGAUUGAUUAACUAAUACAUUUUGUAUUCAAAAGCAAAUAAUUUGGCCCCAUUAAAUGAAUAUGGGAAUCUUUUCUGCUAUGUAAAAUUGACAGUUCAGUAAUUUUCUUGAUGAGAACAUCCUUAAUCAUAAUAACCAACCAAGGAAAAGGAAUGGUUUUCUUUCCUUUCUUUUUUUUUUAACGAAAAGUACAAAUACUUCAUCCAUAGAAAUAAAUAAUAAGUACACAUCUGACAUAACAAAUACUCAUUAACAUUAAUAUCAAAAUAUAUAUAGUUAUAAAUUGCAAUUAUUAUAAAAAUAGACUUCAUCUCUUCAUUUAGAGGAAGAAUUUACUACCACUAAAGAGGAAGGAUCAUAUAAUUCUGUUAAGAAACUAACAAAAACAGAGGCUAGUGAACAUUACAACCAAUACAUAUGGGGAUUGGAUCAUUAAUGGCAGCAUCACCAAACCUAAAACCAAAUCUCCACCUAUAUCUAACCCUAGAUCCCCAUGUAUAAAAUACUUAUUUAUAAGAAAAUAGACAAAAAUGAGAAAAAAAAAAAAAAAGAAGUAGAAGGGUGAUUUUCAAGAAAAAAAGAGGCCAAAAAUACCCUUCUAACUAAAAAAUAUUGUGUGGCGGAACUGAUUUUCUAGAUAGAGGAGAUAGCAAGGCGAGGAGGAUAGAGUCUUUUAAAAAAGCAAUGGUUUCUUAUGGCCUAAUGGCAUAAAUAUUCAUGCAUCAACUUUUCACUUUUUAACAAAUCUAGUUAAUUUUUUAGCUUUUUUUAAUUAAAUUUAAAAUUAAGUUUUAUUUCAAAUAUAUUCUCCGGUGCUGGAGUGUUGACCAUCAUGCUUGUUCGACUCUGACAUGUGUAAAAAAAAAAAAAACUGCUCAACAUUUUAUGCUGACUUGUACACUAACAUCAAAACCACAUCAUGUGACAUUCGUCUUCUUUAAUUGCAAAACCCUA